AUGUCCAAAGGCGAGUGUCCUGUCAAGAAGGUGCCCAACGUCGCCGGCUCUGGCACAAGAAACUCGGACUGGUGGCCAAACGAGCUCAGGGUAAACAUCCUGCGCCAACAUGACCCCAGACAGAACCCUCUUGGUCCUGACUUCAACUACGCUGAAGAGUUCAAGAAGCUCGACUACGAUGCCUUGAAGAAGGACCUCACUGCCUUGAUGACCGACUCCCAGGACUGGUGGCCUGCCGACUUUGGUCACUAUGGAGGCUUUUUCGUCCGUUUGGCAUGGCACGCUGCUGGAACAUACCGUGUCACUGACGGUCGUGGUGGCGGCGGUGAUGGACAGCAGCGCUUUGCUCCCCUCAACGCCUGGCCCGACAACGUUUCCCUCGACAAGGCCCGUCGCCUACUCUGGCCCAUCAAACAGAAGUACGGAAACAAGAUCUCAUGGGCCGAUCUCCUGCUUCUCGUCGGAAACGUUGCCAUUGAGUCCAUGGGAUGCCCAACCUUUGGUUUCGCCGGUGGCCGCUCAGACACCUUCCAGUCGGACGAGUCUGUCUACUGGGGCGGCGAGACCGAGUGGCUCGGCAGCGACGUCCGCUAUGCCGACGGCGCAAAGGGUAUCAAGGGCGAGGGUAUCAUGGACGGUGACCAGCACAAGAACGACGCCAAGGAUACCCACACAUCGAGAAACCUUGAGCAGCCACUGGCUGCCGCACACAUGGGUCUCAUCUAUGUGAACCCAGAGGGUCCCGAGGGCGUACCCGACCCCGUUGCCGCUGCCCACGACAUUCGCACAACCUUUGGCCGUAUGGCUAUGAACGACGAGGAAACCGCUGCUCUCAUCGUUGGUGGCCACACAUUCGGAAAGACACACGGCGCUGCCCCCAGCGAAAACACUGGCCCAGACCCCAACUCGGAAGACCUUGGAACCCAAGGUCUCGGUUGGAUGAACAAGCACGGCCGUGGCAACGGUCCAGAUACCAUCACCAGUGGUCUCGAGGUCACAUGGACUAGCACACCCGUCAAGUGGAGCAACAAGUACCUGGAGUACCUUUACAAGUUUGAAUGGGAGCUGGAGAAGAGCCCUGCUGGUGCCAACCAGUGGGUUGCUAAGACAGAUGAGGAGAUCAUUCCAGACGCUUACGACCCUAACAAAAAGCACAAGCCCAGGAUGCUUACCACUGACUUAUCGAUGCGCAUGGACCCUGCCUACGAGAAGAUCACCCGCCGCUGGCUAGACCACCCUGAGGAACUGCAUGACGCUUUUACUCGUGCCUGGUUCAAGCUUCUUCACCGUGACAUGGGUCCCCGCUCCAGAUGGAUCGGCCCAGAGAUUCCCAAGGAAAUUCUCCUCUGGGAGGACCCUGUCCCUGAGCCCGAGGGUGAGAUCAUUGGCGAGUCUGACAUCCAAACUUUGAAGAAGCAGGUUCUCGACGCUGGCAUUGAGCCUGCCAAGCUUAUCCGCACUGCUUGGGCUUCCGCAGCUUCUUUCCGCGGUAGCGACAAGCGUGGUGGCGCCAACGGUGCUCGCAUCCGCCUCGCUCCCCAAAAGGAUUGGGAGGUAAACAACCCUAAGGAGUUGGCUGAGGUUCUCAAGGCUCUUGAGGGCAUUCAGUCUAAGUUCAACAGUGGCAGUAGCAAGAAGGUCUCUCUGGCCGACUUGAUUGUCCUUGCUGGUACCGCCGCAGUUGAGAAGGCUGCCGGUGUGCCUGUUCCCUUUGCGCCGGGCCGCUCCGACGCUUCCCAGGAGCAGACUGAUGUGCAGUCUUUCGAGCACCUUGAGCCCGUCACAGAUGGUUUCCGCAAUUACGGAAAGGGCACCGAGCGUGUCCGCACCGAGCAGCUCGAUGUUGACAAGGCCCACCUCCUCCGGCUUACUGCCCCCGAGAUGGUUGUCCUCACUGGUGGUAUGCGUGCGCUGAAUGCCAACUGGGACGGCUCCUCUCACGGAAUCUUCACCCAGCGCCCCGGCCAGCUCACCAAUGACUUCUUCGUCAACUUGCUCGACAACAACCUUGAAUGGAAGGCAACCGACGCCAGCAAGGAGCUAUACGAGGGUUUCGACCGCAAGUCUGGUCAGAAGAAGUGGACGGGCACACGUCACGACCUCGUCUUUGGUCACCACCCUGAGCUCCGUGCCAUUGCCGAGACGUACGCAUCAUCGGACAACGCGAACAAGUUUGUCAAGGACUUUGUUGCUGGAUGGGAGAAGGUUAUGAACAACGACCGCUAUGAUAUCAAGAACAAGUCGGUGAGUACACCAUCGAGCGGGGCAAGCAGACCUCGUUUGUAA